AUGGAAGGGACCAGCGAUUUAGUCGAUGCCAUCGAUAUAACACUCGCUGCGGGACAGGCGAGUGCAGCGAUUGGUGUAAUCAAUAUCGCUAUCAAUAGCGCUGAUUAUGAUAUGAAACACCGAAAUCGGGGGUGUGAGCCCCGGGAGGGCACCAAAGAGGAUGUCGACCGUAUAGUCAGAUGUUUUCAAAGACUACAAUUUGUUGUUGAGGUUGUAAAGGACGGUACACUUCAAACCAUUGAAACUAAAAUGCAACAAGUUUCCGAUGCGGACCACUCGGACAGCGACUGUGUUGUAGUUGUGGUGCUAACACACGGCGACGGACAGAGCCUUUGGGCCCGAAAUGUCAAAUACCCGACGGAAACAUUGUUUGAGUACUUUAAUGGCAAUCGUUGUCCGACACUUAUAGGCAAACCCAAAAUCUUUAUAAUUCAAGCCUGUCGGGGAGUGAAGGUAGACCCGGGGUCAACGUUAAAAGCUCUCGGGCCUACACCUGCCCCUACAUCUACCCCCACAACUCCUCGCCGUAUUUACACUAUACCAACAAACGCUGAUUUUCUCGUUUAUUACAGCACUUCUCCCGGGACCAGCGAUUUAGUCGAUGCCAUCGAUAUAACACUCGCUGCGGGACAGGCGAGUGCAGCGAUUGGUGUAAUCAAUAUCGCUAUCAAUAGCGCUGAUUAUGAUAUGAAACACCGAAAUCGGGGGUGUGAGCCCCGGGAGGGCACCAAAGAGGAUGUCGACCGUAUAGUCAGAUGUUUUCAAAGACUACAAUUUGUUGUUGAGGUUGUAAAGGACGGUACACUUCAAACCAUUGAAACUAAAAUGCAACAAGUUUCCGAUGCGGACCACUCGGACAGCGACUGUGUUGUAGUUGUGGUGCUAACACACGGCGACGGACAGAGCCUUUGGGCCCGAAAUGUCAAAUACCCGACGGAAACAUUGUUUGAGUACUUUAAUGGCAAUCGUUGUCCGACACUUAUAGGCAAACCCAAAAUCUUUAUAAUUCAAGCCUGUCGGGGAGUGAAGGUAGACCCGGGGUCAACGUUAAAAGCUCUCGGGCCUACACCUGCCCCUACAUCUACCCCCACAACUCCUCGCCGUAUUUACACUAUACCAACAAACGCUGAUUUUCUCGUUUAUUACAGCACUUCUCCCGCACAUCUCAUCAAUGCUCACGAGAUUAAUAUACUUCAGACCAAAACCGUAAAAAAUGUUUCAUAUGAUAUGAAACAUCAAAAUCGUGGCAAAUGUGUUGUCUUUAAUCACCGAAAAUUCGACAAAUCGGAUGUUAAGCCCCGACCGGGAACUGAUAGGGACGCCGAAGAUGUUAUCAAAUGCUUUAAAAGACUGCAAUUUGAUGUGAUUUGUGUAAAUGACGGCACUUUUAGAGAUAUUAAACAAACAAUGACUAAAAUGGCGACCGAAGACCACUCGGACAGCGACUGUGUGGUAGUUGUGGUGCUAACACACGGCGACGAACAGAGCCUUUGGGCCCGAAAUGCCAAAUACCCGAUCGACACAUUGUUUGCAUACUUUACCGGAGAUCGUUGUCCAACACUCGUAGGCAAACCCAAAAUAUUUAUCAUUCAGGCAUGUCGUGGAGAAGGCAUCGAUUCUGGUAUUAAAAUGAAAACUCUUGGUGUGGAUGAAGUGGAUAGCAAUCAUGAAAUUGUCUAUAAAAUCCCAACAAUUGCUGAUUUCCUUGUCUACUACAGCACCGCUCCGGGUCACUUUUCUUUCCGAAAUGUGGAAACCGGAUCCGUAUUUAUUCAAGAAUUGGUAGUUGCCUAUUAUUUCGAGUCCUAUUCGCCCGACAAAAAGGCUUACCAUAAGAAGAAACAAAUACCGUUAUUGAGUGCCAAACAGUUUCUUCAAUUCCUUAAGAAUGGGAUGUCUUUGUUUGUGGCCAUCAAUGAGUUGUUUGCCUAA